GAUUCGGGCUCCACUUUCCCCCCCAACUAUAUAUGGAACAAGAUAAUCAAUAGCCUUCAGCCCUGACACAGCAGUAAUUGUGAGCGAGAGAGGUAGCUAGCGCGUGUCCCCGACUACCAGAAGCUGCGGGACGGGAGAGCCCAGCUCCAGGAUUGGAUUAUUAUUAUUAUCGAGUAAUAAACCAGAGGCCCUCAUAAUUUCUCUCCCUGGAAAAUGCACUCUUCCAUCCUCUUCUCCUUUGCUCUCUUCUUCUCCUUCUCGCGCUUCUCGUUGCAGAACCGCUUUGUUUUCUGUAUCAGUGAAUGACUCUGUCAUGAAAUCAAUUUGCAGUCGCCGCCGGAGCUGAUGAAUCCUCAACGCACCACCGCCGCAAGUACGGGCUCGCUGUUGUAAAAUCAAAUCACACACAGCUGCCGUCCCGUCUCCUUGAUUGAGGGAGAACCCUGUUAGUGUAUAUAUACACACACAGCAUUUUCAUACAUACAGAAGAUCAGGGGAAGAAAGAGAGCCCCUCGAAAACCAGAGUAAAUACAUUGUAGGCUUCGAUCAAAACCAGAGAGUUGGGGGGAAAAUGGGUUUCUGGACAUUGCUUCAGGUGGCUUCAAUGCCAGUCAUACAAGUCCUCAUCGUCGGCCUCUUGGGUGCCUUCUUGGCAACCGAGUACAUCAAUGUCCUCCAUGCUGAUGCUAGAAAAUACUUGAACAAGGUUGUGUUCACGGUUUUCACUCCCUCGCUCAUGUUCGCCAUUCUCGCCAAAACCGUCACUCUCGAGGACAUCAUCUCAUGGUGGUUUAUGCCAGUGAACAUUCUGCUGACCAUGUUGUUUGGCGGACUUCUGGGAUGGGUGGUCGUCAAAGUUUUGCGUCCCAAGCCGCAUCUCGAAGGCCUUCUCAUUGCUGUCUGUGCCACAGGGAACUAUGGGAACCUGCUGCUGAUAGUUGUGCCUGCAAUAUGCAAAGAAGAUGGCACUCCAUUUGGGGAUCAUGCAACAUGCGGCUCCAUUGGACUCUCAUAUGCAUCCUUCUCUGCUGCGCUGGGAAGCAUCUACAUCUGGACCAUUGCUUACCAACUCGUCCGCACCUCAGCUGUUAAAUUCAAGGCACUUCAGAUGGCCGAAGAGGCCUCCAAACUGCCAAACGACGAUCUGGAAGCCACUCAGGGGACUCUUCUUCUUAAGGGAGACGAUGCACAAGUUCAACAAACUGGUGUUUCACUUCACUCGGCGAACGACCUUGGAGAAGGCAAGACUUCUGGUUGUACUAAAGUUAUGGAGGUUCUACAUCAGAUAUUGCACGAGCUCACUGCUCCUCCCACGCUUGCUACAAUAUUUGGGUUCCUGUUUGGAGCUACUACGUUUCUGAGGAACCUGGUAGUGGGCGAGAAUGCACCCUUGCGUGUGAUACAGGACUCCAUUGCAUUACUUGGGGAUGGUACAAUUCCCUCCAUCACCCUUAUAUUGGGAGGCAACCUCACUCAAGGGUUGAAGUCUUCAAACAUCAAACCAUGGAUGAUCGUUGGAGUGAUCUGCGUACGAUAUGUAUUUCUACCGGUGAUCGGGAUAUGUGUGGUGAAGGCAGCUUCCAGCCUCGGGCUACUCCCUUCUGAUCCUCUGUUCGCCUAUGUGCUAAUGCUUCAAUACAGCAUCCCACCUGCCAUGAACAUUGGCACCAUGACGCAGUUGUUUGAUGUGGCUCAAGAAGAGUGCUCAGUGAUCUACCUAUGGACUUACUUGUUUGCAGCAGUUGCUCUCACCUUGUGGUCUACAGUCUUCUUGUGGAUACUGUCCUGAUAAAAGAAGAACGGGCAUUAUUCGAUUGGGAAGUCAGGAAGUUGUGUAAGCUAAGCUAGAGGAAGGUGUGAAUGAAAUAAAAAGCGUUUGUCAGAAAUUGUUUAGGUUGUGUGCUGCUGGGAUAGUUGUUUGCAGGGUUGAAGCUGCAGCAGCUAAUUGGUUUUGAUUCUUAUGGCUAUAUAUGUAUUGAUUAGAUGGGAGGGGAAGUGGGGUUUAGUAUUGUUGUAGUAAAAGCCAGGGCAGAGCAGCUUUCCUUGUGUGAAGGAAUGCAAGGUAGCAAUUUGUAAAAUUUUGUGUGCCUGUCACCAUAUACUAUCUGUUGAAAGAAGUUGGAUUUAUCAUGGUUUCAUAUAGUGAAAACUUGUUUUGGGGGAAAGUGAAAUAUGCAGUACUUUUUCUUGAGUGAAUCAAUGAUAAAUGGCC